ACCAUCGACCUGAAAACAUCUAACAACAAGAUGCCGAAGGUUUCAUUGAAGAAGUGGAAAUCAGCUCUGACCUCCAUCAUCGAGGAACUGGAUGAGUCCCAGUACAAAAAGAUGCUGUUAUUUCUGAAAAAAGUCCCUAAAGGUCAGAAGACCGGCAAAGUGUUAGAAGACAUGGUGGAAAAAAUCAUUGAGUGCUACGGAGAAAGGAAAUCCAUCACUGUGAUCAAACGUGUGAUGGACAAGAUUCCCAGGAAGGACGCUGCAGUGCAGGGCCGGCUGAAACCCUUUCUGGUCCUGGAAAAAGAGGAGAAAAAAAGAGGGUCGAGGAAGAAGAGCAGAGCGAGUUGGUCACCUUUAAGUAACCUGGAACUGAAUGCUGCAGCAGAGAGGAGCUGCCCACCUGAGCAGGACUCAGCUGAAGCAUCAGAAGCUAGAAACAACUCAGAGCCUAUUUCCAGUUCAUCCGUUAGCCAGGCGUCAACACAAACAUUUGUGGAGGCUGCAGAGAGGGAGGGAGGCACCCGUGGUGGAUGGAGGAAAACCAUCAUGGGUCUGAUAUCCAGUGGAAACAUUGAGGAAAAUGAAGCUGUUGUUGGCAAAGUUGUUCAGAUGAGCAAAUUGCUCUCAUAUAAGACCAGAGAUGGGAAGGAAAGGAUGUACUUUAACCUGUCCAUCGCUGAUGAGACGGGCUGCAUCAGAGUGAUGGUGUAUGGAGAAAAGCACCACUCCCAGAUCAAGAUCGACAGCUCCUAUUUGUUCCGGAAGCUCAAAAUAGAGGAAAAGGUUUUAAAGGUUUUCUUUCAGAGCAAAGUGUUGGACACGAAAGCAGUCGAAGUGCCUGAGGAGGUUGAAAUGGAGGCUAAGACUCUGCUGCAUGAAGAGGUCCCGGUUUGCUCCAUCGCAGAAGUAAAAAAGUCUUCUGAGAAUGCUUCAGUGAGCAUCCAGGGAGUCGUGACCGAGAUUAAUCCAGUCAUCAGGAAGAAUAAGACCAGACGGCAAAUAUUCGAUCUAAAAGAUGAAACUGGUUCCAUCAGCAUCUGCAUGUGGGGCAAAGAAACCCUGCAGUGCAGCAGAAUGUCAACCGGAGACACAGUGAAGGUGACCGGCCUGAAAAUCCACUGCUACUACGGCCAAAAGUCCCUGAAGUCAACUGGAUACACCACACUUCAACAGCUGGUCUUCCUGCAGAUUUGCUGCACCAACAUCCAGACUGUCAGGAUUAAGAUCCAAGCCAUCACCAAAGCCAAUAAGACCAGCACUCAUGUGGAGGCCGAGUCCAACCAGCAGCUUCAAACACUCAUUGUGCCUUCUCGACUCCUGGCGGAAGCUUUUAGAUUGCCACCGGAUGCUGAUCUUAAAGCCAACCUCCUGGAGCACCUGCCAAUCUCUGCUGAAGCAGAAAUACAAGGACAUAAAGUUAAAAAAUUAAUGAGAGUUUAACAAAACAAACCUGUUAUGUGCGUCUCUGUCAGCAUGGCCGUUUUCUUUAUGUGGAUGAUUAUAAGCACCGCGGCCUCAAAGCAAAAAGGUCGCUGAUUCGAGCCUCGGCUGGGGGUUUGAACAGCGGCCUUUCUGUGUGGAGUUUGCAUGUUCUUCCCAUGUAUGCGUGGGUUCUCUCCGGGUUCUCCAGCUUCUUCCCACCGUCCAAAGACAUGAUGUUAGGUUAGCUGGUCACUCUAAAUUCUCCCUAGGAGUGAGUAUAAGCGGUUGUUUGUGUUGGCCCUGCGAUGGACUGAAAACCUGUCCAGGUCCACCUGUCCAGUGUGGAAGUAAUUUUAAUGCAUAUGGUAAUAGAUCAUAUUUACUCAUAUAACAAUCACAAGUGGAAUCAUUCUUUUAUUCAUAUGAUACAUUUAUUCAUUUAUUAUCCUCAAUUACAUUUCAUAAUGUGUAUUUUCCUUAUAUAGAACAUUGAAGUUAUUAUUCUCCUGGUGGGUUCUUGUGUGAGGUCAAGCUGACCACUUUCCUUCCAGACUCGUGAUAUGGGGAAAGGUUGAGACUGACGGGGCAGCGGCUUGAUACGAACAGUUGUUUAGAAAAUAUCAGCCUGUUUGGGCGAGACAAUAAGGGAACGGCGCCUCACAGUCUCUCCUUCCCUUUAUCAGUUCAGAGACUGGCCUUCAGCUUGGAUCAGGUUGAAUAAAACUGAUUCCUAAAAUGUAACAAAUCAGAGUCCUUUUGUUUGCACCCGGAGUUAACAAGACA